UAAACCCGAGAGAAAUCUCUAUAGCAUCCAAAACGAGGGUUAUCAAGCAGUACGUACAAACUCAAUCUUGUGCAAUUCCUCUGACUACCCUGAGAAUCAUGUCUCCUGCUAUUCCCGAGAGAUGCACCGUCUUGGUGAUUGGCGGCGGACCGGGAGGUUCCUAUGCUGCCUCCGCCCUGGCCAGAGAGGGCAUUGAUGUUGUCGUCCUCGAAGGCGACAAGUUCCCCAGAUACCAUAUUGGCGAAAGCAUGCUCGCAUCCAUGCGCCAUCUGCUCAGGUUUAUCGACUUGGAAGCCAAGUUUGACUCGUAUGGUUUUAUCAAGAAGCCUGGUGCGUCUUUUAAGCUCAACAAGGAAAAGCGUCCUGGAUACACCGACUUCCUGGCUGCUGGCGGCCCAAACAAUUAUGCCUGGAACGUGGUUCGCUCCGAGGCCGACCAGCUCAUGUUCCACCACGCCGGCGAGUGCGGCGCCAAGAUCUUUGACGCCGUCAAGAUCAAGUCGAUCCGGUUCGAGGACGCCACCACGGUUCCCGAGGGCGAGCCAAACCUCAACCCAGGCCGUCCGGUCGCCGCCGUCUACGAGGUCGCGGAAACCAAGGAAACCGGCGAGAUCGCCUUCGACUACGUCGUCGAUGCCAGUGGCCGCGUCGGGCUGCUGAGCACAAAGUACAUGAAGAACCGACGUUACAACCAAGGCCUCAAGAACGUCGCCAACUGGGGCUACUGGGAGGGGUGCAACAAGUACUCCCCAGGCACCCCCAGAGAGAACUCGCCCUUUUUCGAGGCCUUGACAGAUGAGAGCGGCUGGGCUUGGUUUAUCCCCCUCCACAACGGAAAGGCCUCCGUCGGCGUCGUCAUGAACCAGAAGCUGGCGGCGCACAAGAAACAGCAAGGCGGCUUCAACUCGGCCGAGUUCUACCACGAGAGCCUGAAGCUCGCACCCGAGCUUCUAUCCGUCCUCGUCGGGGACGGCAAGUUCGUCAGCGACGUCAAGUCGGCCUCGGACUACUCCUACAGCGCCUCGUCCUACGCGUUCCCGAACGCCCGCAUCGUGGGCGACGCGGGUUGCUUCAUCGACCCCUUCUUCUCGUCCGGCGUCCACAUCGCCCUCACGGGAGCCCUCUCGGCCGCCACCACCAUCGCCGCGUCCAUCCGCGGCGACAGCGAAGAGGCCACGGCCGCCGAGUGGCACAGCAAGAAGGUCGCGGCGGCGUACACGCGGUUUCUGCUCGUGGUGCUGAGCGCCUACAAGCAAAUGCGCUUCCAGGGGGACCCCGUCCUCAGCGACUUCGACGAGGACAACUUUGACAGAGCCUUUUCUUUCUUCAGACCUAUCAUCCAGGGAACGGCGGACGCUGCCAACGGGAACCUCUCGCAGGACGAGCUCAACAAGACGCUCGAGUUCUGCGCGCACGCCUUCGAGCCCGUCAACCCCGAAGCGAACCAGGAGAAGGUUAUGAAGGCCGUCUCGGCCGCCCCGGCCGGAUCGGACUACAACCCCGACUUGUCGGUCGAGGAGCAGAAUGCAGUGAAGCACAUCCGCGCACGGAAGAUGAUGCGCACGGAGGACACCUUCAACAUCAACACCUUCGGCACCGACGCCAUCGUUGGAUAUGUGCCCAACCUGGUCAGGGGCAGCCUGGGCUUGAAGAAGGCGGAGACGAAUGGCGUGGUGGCAGCUUGAGACGUUUGCUUUGGGAUAGAUAUCCGUUUCAUUCACGUACUUCAUCCUUUAGGAGUUAUUAGACACUAGAUGAUUGUG